AUGCUUCACCAGAUCAUCAUUCAGGCCAAGAGGCAUCCUAGCUUGAUCCCCAUCUUCAUAUUUACUGGAGUGGGAGGUACUGGAGCAGCACUGUAUAUCUUGCGCCUGGCAUUGUUCAAUCCAGAUGUCAGUUGGAACAGAAAGAAUAACCCAGAACCCUGGAACAAACUGGGUCCCAAUGAUCAGUACAAGCUCUACUCAGUGAAUGCAGAUUACAGCAAACUGAAGAAAGAAGGUCCAGACUUCUAA